AUGACAUGGUGGCUUGGAUCACCGACUUCCUCACAGGCAGGCAACAGCAUUUCUGGCUACAGGGAUACUUGUCAGAUGUGUGAGGACAGCAAAGAGGAGCACAGAAGUCUGGUGAAGAGCUUCAUCACAAUGGGAUGGUGCAACAGCAACCCACAGGUCAAUGUCAGGAAGACCAAGGAGCCAGGGGAUAGACUUCUGAUAGAGCGGGAAGUCACUGACACCUGUCUCCAUCCAGGGUUAAGUGAGCAACAUGCGGACAAACUGGUGACAGACAACCCUAACAACAAACACUGUGAUUUAAUUAUCUCCUUCUACCGCUACCAUGGUACCAUAUCAGUGUUUGAGCUACCUAAGAGGAACUCACGUACUUGGUAGGGUAGGUUCUUGAAGAGAAAUCGUGUUAAGAAACCAGGCCAGGAGCUCUUUAAGAGUGAGAUGUCAGAGUACUUAAAGCCUCAGGAUUUGUAUGUGGGAGCCAGACUGAUUCUCAAUGACCAUCCCUUCCAACUGGUGGAUGCAGAUGAGUUCACCUUCAGCUACAUGGAACAGCAUGCAGAGCAGUUCCCCAGGGCCAACAUCAGGACCAUUAUUAAUAAGAUCAAGUCUUUCAGUGAGGAAAACCAAAAGAGAUGGUUCCUCACUAGGAAUGACCCAGGAAACACUGGAUACAUUCAGUAUAAGCCCUCCAGGACAUUCCUGGCUGGUAUGGACUGCCAGCUGUUUCAGCAUGAGAUUGUGACUUUGUGUCGUGCCUACUCGGUGUGGUAACAGGGUUCACUGAUACCGUGUUCAAAUCCUCCACCCACUUAUGAGCCAGAGAUAGAGGUGAGCCACAUGCUGGCUGUGGCUGAAGACCACAGAAAAAGACAGUUUGAGAGCUUUUCUGAAACGCUGCAGGCAUUCAUCCACAAGGAUAGGAACAGAUCAGGACUCUUGUCCAUCAAACAGACCAUAGUCAUCUGCAAAGCAUUCAAAAUGCCUUUGGCUGAUGACCUACUAAGAGCCCUGCUUCAGAGGUUUGAGUCAGAGAAUAACGACUACGAUGCCUUCCUGUCCGGAAUCAACUAGAGAGAGAAUCCGCCUUCUCCAGUCAUGCCAAAUGAUGCCUUCAAAUUUGGUCUGAACUUGACUAGAGAACCUGUAUGAUGAGCAGUUAAAAGCAUCAACUACUUGAUCUUGCUAGAGGAUGUCAUUGGCAAAGCCACAGACACUAAUGACAGCUGA